GGAACGUCUCAAAUGAUACCCGUCACCGUAUUCACAGGAUAUCUGGGAGCAGGAAAGACGACUAUCAUUCUUUCUUUAUUACCCAAACUACCAAAGGGCUACAAGGCGGUCCUCCUCAAGAAUGAGUUUGGAGAUACCCAAGUCGACAGCCAGCUUGCGAAAGAAUCCAACCUGGCAGCCGUGAAUGAAAUUUUGAAUGGCUGCAUGUGCUGUGUUCUAGUUGGACAGAUGAAGAACGCUCUGCUGGAUAUCAGAGACAACUUCCGUCCAGAUCGCAUCAUCAUAGAGUGCUCAGGCUCCGCCUUCCCUGCUACCCUCGCAUUCCAAAUUCGAGAACUAGAGCGUGAAACGAACGGCGAUUUUAAACUAGACGCAAUCGUUACUGUCAUCGAUGCAGAGAACUUCACCGGUUACGAAGACACUUCUCCCACAGCCAGGAUGCAAGCGAGUUAUUCGGACCUCAUCCUCAUCAACAAAUGGGAACAUUUGGAGGACCGUGCACUUGAUCUCGUCCUAGAUCAUCUCAACACGCUCAACGAUUUGACGCCGAAAGUCCGAUGCAAUGGACGUGACGGUGUUGACCCAAAUUUAAUCUUCGGCAUUGACAGCAAAUUAUUCAAGGACAAAUCCGACGAACCCUUGGUAGAGAAUCACCAUAAUGAAGUGCAAACUAUCACGAUUUUCAAGGGACUCUCGUGUGCCUUGCCGCGCACGGCUCAUAGUCAUGGAUCAAGCUGCCGUUGCUGUAGCGUCACCGAGUCUUCAGAAGAAAUAUCACAGGACGGGUUGUCCCCGAGUGACUCUGUUGAGGAGUCCUUCCUUCGCUCAGCGCUUGAAGGCGUGCCCAAGGAAUCAGUGUGGAGGGUCAAAGGACUUGUAUGCCUCCAAGGAGGGAUGCACAUCCUGAACUGGGCCUUCGGGCGAUACGAUUUGACAAAGGUCGACGUGUCGGACAUGGACGGUACUAUUAUCAGAUUAACUGCAAUGGGGGAGCGUGGCGAAGUCAGGAAGUCCAUGCGCAGAUUCUGCGAUGAGCUCCAGGCAAUGGUGGUGUAAUUGCCUGCCGAUGGACAUUAUUUUGUUCCACGUGAUACAUAUGUAGUGGUAAGUACUUAGAUGGAAGUAUGUAGACAUGUUUAGAGUUGUGACUGGGAUUAUCACAAGGCACGCUU